CUGUCCCUCUCCACUCCGGACCCCUUUAUUCCCAUUUCCCGGCAUUCAGAUGCCUUUUACAUGAGUAUCCAGUGUACUGCUACUGCAGGCUCUUUAAUUAUUGACAACACUAAGAGAGGGGAAAAGUACUAGCUAGUGCUCUCAUAACAUUCAUUUUGCAACGUGUUUUCCUCUCACAUAGUGUGCAUUUGCUCAAAAGGAAGUAUAACGCGUCAGUUUUUUAUCAAAGGAUAUUACACAUUUUAUUCAUUUACAAUAGGUUUUUAUGUUGUUUUUCUGUUUUUGCAAAGCUUCGUUUUUGGCGUGUUCUCAUCUGGAAGAAACCUGUGCGUACGUACGAGAAGGUGUAUCCAUUAUCCGCGCCGCUGUGCAGUGGUCUGGUGCGGUAAACGCCCUGUGAGAGAUUUCUGAGAGGUGGUGUCAUCUUUUAGGGCCAGAAGAUUCUAUUUAUAUUAGAAAGCUGCAAUCCCUUAACUAUAACUCAGCCUGAGCUGCUUGUAAGCUACCCGAGAGAGGCUUUCGGGAAUCAUAUGACCUGCUGCCGCUCAUUCCAAAGAUACCGGAAAGAGCGCUCGCUCCCGCAGCUUUUGCGCUCUUUCAAACCACACUCUUCGGAAAAGGAUACAUUUGGAGGAUAUACAACACCGCAGAACAACAGAAAGACGUUGAAUAUUAGGAUAAUAAAUACUGCUCUUUAUUUGUAACGGAUAUAUAUAUAUAUAUUACAGUUGAGAAGGGACACUGAUAGAGCGAAAAUGCCGGAGGAAAAAGUAUUUCACCAGCAGGCUGUCAGCAGCCCUCUGGAGCAGGGGAAGCAGGGCGGCAGCAGCAGCUCUGUCCCCUGUCAGAACUGUGGCAAGGCCUGCAAGGGAGAGGUGCUGCGCGUGCAGAAUAAACACUUCCACAUCAAGUGCUUCGUCUGCAAAGUGUGUGGCGUUGACCUGGCCCAGGGGGGGUUCUUUGUGCGUCAGGGGGAGUACAUCUGCACCCUGGACUACCAGCGGAUGUACGGCACGCGCUGCUUCAGCUGUGAGGAGUUCAUCGAGGGGGAAGUGGUGUCAGCGCUGGGAAAGACCUACCAUCCACGCUGCUUCGUCUGCGUCACCUGCAAACAGCCGUUCCCUGCCGGUGACCGUGUGACUUUUAACGGUAAAGAGUGUGUCUGCCAAAACUGUACACAGCCCCAGUCUGCCAACAGCCCUGCUCCCAUACAGGCUGUACACAACUGCUGUGGCUGUGGGAAGGAGUUUAAGAAUGAGCAGUCUCUUGUAGCGCUGGAUAAACACUGGCACCUGGGCUGCUUCAAGUGUAAGGUGUGCAACAAGGUGCUCAACGCCGAGUACAUCAGCAAGGAUGGGAUCCCCUACUGCGAGGUGGACUACCAUGCCAUGUACGGUAUCCAGUGUGACAGCUGCAAGAAGUACAUCACUGGGAAAGUACUGGAGGCUGGGGAGAAACACUACCACCCCUCAUGUGCCCGCUGUGCCAGGUGUGAGCAGAUGUUUGGAGAGGGAGAAGAGAUGUACCUGCAAGGUAACUCCAUCUGGCAUCCUCCUUGCAGACAGGCAGCCAGACAGGAGGAAAAGAGUAAGGUGAGCAGGACCUCCUCUGAGAGCAUCACCUCUGUCCCAGCCUCCAGUGCGUCUGGCUCUCCUAACAGGGUCAUCUAUGCCAAACUAGGAGAUGAGAUGCUGGACUACAAAGACCUUGCUGCUCUGCCAAAGAUCAAGGCCAUCUACAACAUUGACCGGCCAGACAUGCUCUCCUACAGUCCCUACGUCAGCUACCCCUCAGAGGAACGACACUACGGAGAGGGUGACGGAGAGAAGUCUCCUCGUCAGAGGAGGCCCUCCAGCCCCAGCUCCAACAGCUCCCUGGGGAAGUAUGGAGGGUAUACCCCUUCUCGCUCCCCCCAGAACUACAGCAGGCCGGGCCUCAAACAGGACCCCCUACUACCACCUGAAUCUCAACCUAAGACGUCCCUGCAUCUCAAUUUACCUCCUCACGGUCACGGUAACGCACCAGAUCCCCCUGGUAGUGAAAGUGGUCGGAGUACCCCCAGUUUCUCCACGUAUUCCGAUGGCAAAUCUCCCUCCUUCACCUAUGUGGCUACUCCCAGGCAUUUCCACGUACCAGAGACUAAGGUCAAGAUAGAUAAUAUCUAUAGAAAACCCCCUAUCUACAGACAGCAUGCCUCUAGAACUUCCUGGCAAGAAGGAGACGACAUCAAGACAAGGACCAGUUGGAUGAUCUUGAAGAGUGAGAUAGAUGGCGAGCCCCUCCCAGAGUACCUGCUGGACCCCAGGAAGUCUACCUGCAGCCUGCCCACUGACACCUCCCGGACCAACUUCCCAUACAAUAAGUGUGCUUCCCUGCCAGGAUAUGGAAGGAAUGGCAUAUACAAGGUUGCCGACCAUGUUGAGGUUGACCCAGACCAGCAGGACUCCCACAGCUGGGGAGGAAUGAGAGAGUACAAGGUGUACCCCUAUGAGGUGCUGUCUGUGACCCACAGGGUGAGGGUGAAGCUACCCAGAGAUGUGGACCGUACCAGACUGGAGAGACACCUCUCCCCAGAGGACUUCCAGCAUGUGUUUGGGAUGACCCUGAAUCAGUUUGACCGCAUGGCCCUGUGGAAGAAGAACGACAUGAAAAAGAAGGCACGCCUUUUCUAAAGCCGAGCAGGAGAACGGGAGAAAAAUAAUGAUAACAUCUCCGGUCUACAACGUCUGUCCUGUCUGGAAGAAAGGAGGACAGAAGAAGAAGAAAAACAUCGGAAAUAAUCUACAUAUGCACCGUUACAACUGAGAAACAUCUCAUCUCAGCCAGAAUGAGGAGUGGUGGGGGUACUCAAUGGAAAUGGUUUCACAAUGUCGCUGUAACCGACAUCCAACGUUGAGGCGAUGUUCGUCACCUAUAGCUUUUGUAUGCGAGUGGUCUGAAUGUUACUGUGAUCACCUUUAAGGGAGAUGCAUUUACAUGGUCCGUGACACCACUCCUCCUCCAAGCCUCUUCUUCUCUAAUCCCUCUAUGUGAGUUCUACAUCCCGCUCUCCCUUAGCAGCUUUUCUAGAAUUCAUGUGCAGGCUUUUUUCUCUUUGUUUCUGUGUUUCUCACUGGUUUCAUGUGUGUUCCUUUUACUGUGUUUGUCUCCACUUGGAACGGUUUAGUUCUUCCCUCUUUUAUCGUUCCUUUCACUGUUUUUCUAAGGUCUCACUCUCUUGCUUCAUCUUUCCUUAUCUACCGUGUCUUGUUUAACGUCUCUCUCUCUUUCUCUCUCUUUUUCUCUCUCUCUCUCUCUCCUCUCUCUCUCUGCUCUCUCAUCCCACCUCUCCUUACCUCUCAUCUUACAAUUUUUCACUCCAUCUCCUUUUCUUUCCUUCAUUUUCAUUCCUUAACCUCCCUUUCCCCACUGUAGCCUGUUCUAGCCUCUAACCCACCACAGAUUAUAGUCUCAUAUCUGAACAACAGAUGUAUCAUUUUACAGCAGUGGAGGGCAUGGCUACUCAUAACACUGCUGCAUGACAAGGCCAAAGACAGGGAUAGGAAACUACUACAGUUUGACGUCAGAAAACGUCAAAGCACCUUACUAUAUUUAUGUUUGGUUUCUCUUCAUAAAAAUGGAGAGAAAUCUUAAGUAAAGAUAAGAAAAUAUGUUUUAAGUUGGUCGUUUAUUUGAUAGCUGUGAUUUGUUACAACAAGCCACUUGUAAAUCAGUGAAGAUAGGAGAGUUGAGGUUGGAUCAGGGACAGCAGCAAGAAUCAUGGGUACCGGCUCUAGCAUUGGCACCACUGACACCCAUAGCAGAUGUGUAGAGCAUCAGGUUCUUUCAAGUCCUGUUGUCAAACACCGCAUUGCCAGACACUUUUAUGUACAUGCCCUCCCAUCAAAAAAACAACAUUAUUUUUGUAAGCUAUUUUUGACUUGUGGAAUCAUUGUCAGACGUUUUUUAUGAAUGCUUUCAGAUCAUUUUCAAAUGAGUUAAGACACUUAUUAUGCCACGCUUAUCUGUUCGUUGUUACCACACUAUCUAACACAGACCUGCAGCAGCACUGAAGCAUAACGAGUUAAGUAUUGCUUCAUUAAUUAAUAAUGAGCUCUAUCUAUACCUCCUUCUGUGAUAGACAAUUAACCCUUUAUAUGUUUCGUCUUUAUAACCCAUUUGGCAUCAACUGUCACACACAGUAUGUAGUGGAAAUACAUACAUUGGCUUGGCUUCGUCUCCGGAAGCUCAACCAAUCAUUCAACUGUAAGCAGUAUGUGACACAUACUGUAUAUAUUUGUCUCGGAGUGUGUUAUGCAAGCCAAGGUAUAUGUUGCCCUUAGCACAUGCAUAUGAGAGAUUGAGGUCAUCUACAAUGGAAAUGCAUGAAAGUGUGUGUUUUCUCGAUGUUGUUGAUCAUUUUGUUCUUUCAUUUUGGUUCAUUCUUUUACACACACAACACAACGUUUGUCCGAUGAAAAGCCCAAUUCAGCUGCUUUAAUGUUCAAAAUGUAUUUAUAGACAUUUCAAGGGAGGAUGUGGAUGGUAUCUUUAAAUCUAAUGGGGAGGUAUAGUGGCAAAAAUACAGUCAAUCUGAAUUCAUAUCAAAUGUAAUUUAGCUCCUUCUGUAAGUAAGACUAAAUAUAAGCUCAUGUCUUCUGUCUGAUUACUAAUGUCAAUCUGCAAUUAAAGUGCUUUAUCGAAACAAAAGAAAACACAGCAAAUUGAAGUGCUUGAGUGUGCCUCGUUGAAUGUGAACGGCGAUAAAGUUGCAAAAUGCAUUGUCUAAAAUCUAGUGUCUGCUUUAUCGAACUAUGAUUUAUAAAGUUGAGUUUGGAAGAGUGAUUUGUGUAUGAAUGCGUGUGUAGUUAAGUUGUACAGUUAGUUUAAAUAAAAUAAUAAAUAAAAAAUAAAAAAAUGUAUGCACGUAUGACCGUAAAUCGAUUGGAUAAAAGUGUCAGCUAGAUGGCAUAUUACAAUGAAUACAGUUCAAACCAGACUCUGAUUGGUUAAGUUAAGACCCUCUGGCAAAGUGGCUCACCGAUACAACAUUAUUGUAACAUUGAAAGAAUGUUGAUGUAACGUUAUCAAUGGUGAGGAGGGUUUUCACACCAUGGAGGGCUGUAGGGAAAGACUGUGUUUGUUGUCUUAUUUGAACAGCUGUGGAAACCAUAGUGUUCCCCGGAAGGCAGAAACUAAGGACCACAUAUCCAGCCAGGUCUGAGCUCCGAACCCUUAGAUACAGAUCUAGGAUCGGAUUUAAUUCUCCAGAUCCUAACCUUAACCAUUAGGGGGAAAUGCAAAACUGCCCGUAGAUCAGUCAGUGGCUAGGGGCAAGUUCAUUCUGUCUUGCUCGUGGGUCAGGCCAGAUCAACAGAGCUCAGAUAGACCAGAUAGUUCAAGCUAGGCCAGAUUGCACAACCAGAGCCCCUUUCAUCAUCUCUGUAGACAAACAGGCCUUCCACACAGCGUAAACAGCAGCGAGUCUCCCUCACAUCUAGGUCAAUAUAGUGUUGGAUUCACAACUUUAUAGUACAGGACAUCAGAGCAAGCUGCCCAUAGAUGCAAUCUGAUUUAUUGUUGUUCUGCCUUUAAUAUAGAGACAUAAUAAGACUUAACAUCUUGUCAAUGAGUGACUACCCAUGUUUUUGCUUGUUUGAUUGUAAUAAAAGGUAUUUAUGAAUACCGUUCUGUGUACAGGUGUACCCAUUGCGCCACAACAGUCACAGGAAAGUGCCGUAGGCUACUUUUUGUUGUUGUUGAAUGUCCCUUUAUAAUAUUGCAUUGACCCAAAUGUUAUGGAAUGAUUAGUCUUUAUCAAAUAGGAUUUGAUUCCUUCUUUUAACUUAACGGCUCGGCUUAACGCAAAGCCUCCUCUCUCCAAGCGCACAAUUAGAAUGAGGCUGGCGUUGCUGUUUUGCAAUAUGAAUAAUAUGUUCAAAUGAAUUUGGUUCUGUCAUCUUUUGUUUUGCAUUGUCUGUGUAAACCUUUAAGAUCCUACUAAAUAAGUAUUCUAAUUCCUAAUUAUAUGGUGUGGACAUACAAAGAACUGUGUAACCAACGGAUACCCUAUGCUGUGAUUUUAUGUGUACUAAACAAAAAUAUAAAUGCAACAUGCAACGAUUUCUAAGAUUUUACUGAGUUACAGUUCAUAUAAUGAAAUCAGUCAAUUGAAAUAAAUUCAUUAGGCCCUAAUCUAUUAAUUUCACAUGACUGGGCAAUGGUGCAGCCAUGGGUGGGCCUGGGAGGGCAUAGGCCCACCCUCUUGGGAGACAGGCCCACCCACUGGGGUGCCAGGCCCAGCCAAUCAGAAUUCGUUUUUCCCCCACAAAAUGGCUUUAUUAACAACGGAAAUACUCCUCAGCACCCCGUCAGACGAUCACGCAGAUAAAGAAGCUGGAUGUGGAGGUCCUGGGGUGGUGUGGUUACAUGUGGGCUGCGGUUUUGAGGCCGGUUGGACGUACUGCCAAAUUCUCUAAAAGGACGUUGGAUGCGGCUAAUGGUAGAGAAAUGAACAUUCAACAACUCUGGAAAUUGCUGCCAAUUGCACGCUCCCUCAAAACUGUGUUGUGACAUCUGUGUUGUGUGACAAAACUGCACAUUUUAGAGUGGACUUUUAUUGUCCCCAGCACAAGGUGCACCUGUGUAAUGAUCAUGCUGUUUUAUCAGCUUCUUGAUUUUCCACACGUGUCAGGUGGAUGGAUGAUCUUGGCAAAGGAGAAAUGCGCACUAACAAGGAUGUAAACAAAUUUGUGCUCAAAUUUAGAGAGGGAAAAACAUUUCUGCAAUCUUUUAUUUCAGCUCAUGAAACAUGGGACCAACACUUUACAUGUUGCGUUUACAUUUUUGUUCAGUGUAGUUGUGGCUCAGUGGAGGACGAUAAGAGGAUGAAGAAAUGGGUUGAAAUUAUUAUUACGCUGUAUCUAAGCCUUUUGUUUAGCUUUUGUUUCAUUUUUUUCUUAUUUUGCUUCACUGGUUUGCAAGAAAUACUGAUGUCCAUCUUUAAAUAAAUGUUUCAUUCAGUACCA